CGAGUCUUUUCCGCGUGAGGCGUGACCCGUCGCCCUCGCUCGCUUGGUCUCUGCGCAAGAGCGCGCCGUCACGCUCAAGGUCGCCUUGCUGCCGGAGCCCGCCCCUGCCGCCGCGGCGCCGCUUGCUCGCUUUCGUCCUGCACGCGACGCACUGCCUGGCCAGGCCGCCUCUGCGCCCAGUACCAUCGGCCGGCGACGGAUUUCUGCGGCACUGCCUCGCCCUCCUCUGCCCUUAAUUCCUAUCUUCAUCAUACCAACUGUAGAUUGCUUCCGGCUCGGCUCCUGCUCCUUUCAACCAGUUUUUGGCCCGGGGCUUGCUCCCAAUCCUGAAUCCGCCACUGCCGCGCAGCACCAGGUCGACCGCACCGGCCACAGCGGAGAGGAGAUGUUCACGAACCCAGAGCGCCAGGUCGAGCGCACCGGCCGUGGUGGCACUCCGAGAGACCAGUACCUUCAGGAUCUCGUGACCCAGUUCCAGGACUCCACGGAUGAAGAUUGCAAGGAGAGGAUAGUCGCAAACUUGUCAAAUUUCGCAUAUGACCCUUAUAACUACGCCUUUAUGCGCCAGCUGAAUAUUCUCGAGCUGUUCUUGGACUGCAUUACGGAGUCAAAUGAAAGGCUUGUUGAGUUUGGUGUUGGUGGAAUAUGUAAUUCCUGCGUUGAUCCAGCGAAUGCUUCAGUAAUUAAUCGAUGUGGUGGAAUCCCAUUGGUUGUACAAUGCUUAUCUAGCCCAGUUAGGAAUACUGUUAUUUAUGCACUUGGAGCCUUGUACUACUUAUGCAACCCUUCGACAAAGAAAGAGAUUUUGAAACCGGACGUCCUUCGGGUGAUAAGAGACUAUUCUGCAGCUGGAGCUGUCAACAGCAGCUUCAGCAAUCUGGCAAAUGCAUUCCUGGACAAGCACGUCAACUCGUGAGUUCAGUUCAGAACGGCAGAUGCUAAAGGCUUGUAGCGCCAUCUGCUAGAAACUAGAGAAUAGAGGCUAUUCAGGAGUUACAGUUCUAUGCCCGUUUAUCCAAGCACAACAACAGACAGUAGUGAGUGAAUGAUAUAAAGCUGGAAAUUUUGAACCUAUAUGAAAACUCAAUAAGUUUAUCAGUGUUGGUGUUCCGGUAUUUAUUCCAGACAACCGUGGAGUUGUAUACUGUGGUUGAUUACUUGAUUAGGAUUUGUGGUUGAUGAUGCCUUUGGAGUAAAAGGGAGAAGGAUACAAUGCAUCUUUGUUGAAUUCAUUCAUGUUCUGGAAUGCAAUCUAUAGCCACGUGAACA